GAAGAAAUGUGAAGGUUCUCUAAAGUGCAGUGUUUCAACCUAAGCGUGCAUGGAUAAUGAGCAUAGUCCUCUUCUUCAUAAUCAAUACAAUGAACAGUUUUUUGUUCCAAAUGAAGGACUAUUUGUAAUAAAAAACGGCGCCCAAAUAUGGUCUUUGCUGUUGAAAAUGAUCUUAAUUAGCCCCUGUGUAUAUAUACAGCGUGUAAAAUAAGAAAUCGAAGACGAGCGGUCAAUUUGACCAGCUAACCCUUGGAAUUGACGGUCAACUUUUUUUUGGAAGAUUGAAGAAACUUAAAGGUUCUCUAAAGUGCAGAGUUUUUCAACCUAAGCGUUCAUGGAUAAUGAGCAUAGUCCUCUUCUUCAUAAUCAAUACAAUGAACAGUUUUUUGUUCCAAAUGAAGGACUAUUUGUAAUGAAAAAUGGCUGUUUAAGUGGUGGAGAGGACAUAAGUCCAACAUGUGAGAAGUUCAUAGAUUCAUUUGUUUCAGCCUAUAGUGCGGAAAGUGCAAUUUCAGCAAGUGAAUUCUGUAAUUACCAAUAUGAAUUUAGUAUACUUUAUGUAGAUUUUCCUCAAGUGUUCUACAAAAAACAGGUUCGUUCAAAUAAACAAUCAAUGCAACGAAUAGACAAUGGGAAUGUAACUUUUCUUCUUGAAUUUGGAUCUGCUGUGGCUAGAAAUUCUGCAAAGCAUAUUACUAUUAAAGUAAAACGUUUAACAAACAAACAACAUAAAGAUGUAUUUAUCAAAAGUCAGUUAAGUUUAGUGCAAAAAACAAAGGUUCUCGUAAAAUUAAAUUUGGACUCUGUAUAUGAGGUAGAUAACUUUAAAGUUUAUGAAUUGGAUAAAAGUGUGCGCGAUGAUCGUAAAAGAUUUAAUCUUGAAAUUGAAGUAUACUUUUGUAAUAAUAAAACAUUUAAACAAAACACUCAUAGCUUUGUUUUGAUUGGAAGAAAAAGAUCUCAAAACACAAUGAAAUUUGAUCAGAAACGACCUCGUCUAAACACAACAGAUUUAUGUUCUUCAGAUUGUUCUACUCUAUCUGAGUCUCCAACUUCUACUACGUCAUCUAUAAAAGCACUGCUUUCACCAUUUAUUUCGCCAAACUAUUCACCAUCUUUUGAACAGACUGAUGAAUCAACGAACAAUUUUUAUACUUACUCGGAGAAUGAUAAAGUACUCAAGUGCAGUAAGUUAGUUGCAGAUCAUGUUCAAACUAAAGCAUUACAACUUGGAAAUUUGUUUCUUGACCAAACCAUUCAGACAACUAAUGGGGAUAUUGCAUAUCAUUGGCCACUGGAGAAUGAAGAUGAACAGUUUGAAGAAGGAGAAAUUGUGGGGUUCAUUGCUGAUAAAAGUGGAAAGUAUUAUUUAAGGAAGUUGACUUUAAAAAACUGUUCAGAGGCACUUCUUAAGGGUGUGAUUAGUCGAUCGUAUUACUUGCAGGCUCAAGUUCCAACAGACGGAAGACGCAGUGAAACUAUAUGUAUGAUGGGUAUUGUUCCAGUCCAAGUAAAAGGUUCUGUUUGCAUCAAUGAUGCACUGUAUGCUUCUCCAGAUUUUCCUGGAUUUGCUGUAAGUAGUUAUCAUCUAAAUACCAGUUUGCUUCAAAGUUGUGCUCAUAUUGGAUAUGCAUUUUCAUCACAAAAUGUUGCAGAUGAGAAAGUAGAAGGUAUGGUUAAAGCUGGGGUAUCAGUCUUAGAAUCAGCAAGUCGGUGUUUACAAGAUGUACGACUUCGCACUUUGGAAGAAAGAUUGGAAUCUAAAUUCAAUGACAUUUGUAUAAAACAAAAGCGAUCAAAAAAAUAUACCAGAAUAUGUUUUUUUGCUUGGAUCGCUUUGGCUAUUUUAAGUGGUGUUUUCCUUUACCAAAUCUUUGUACCUGGAACAAGUUUUCGGUACUUUCUUUGUAAACAAGGAAGAAUGAGUGGAUCUGCAUUUUUUCAGUUUAUUCCAACUCGUGAUAUUACAGUUUAUCCUAAUGUUAGAGGUAUUCAGUUUGAGUUCUCAGUCCUUAUGCAAAAGACAGCCCACACAGGGUAUAAACGAUUAAACAUGACAGGAGUAAGGUAUUUUAUGAAUUUGGAUCGUUGCGCGUACAAAUCUCUUACACAAUCGAGUAGUAUUAUUUUGCAAAGUAAUAUUGCUUACGGUCCUGACUUGUUCGCUGUAGACAAAGAAUGCUAUCACGCGUUUUAUUACGAUGAACCAAAUGACCGUUGGAAGCGUUAUAUUUCUGUUUCCUGGGAAACUAAACAAAAUAUAUUUUGUCAACCUCCACCUAUUUCGAAAAACAUCACCUUUUCUGAAACGUAGUCUUUUCUGAAACGUUUAAUCUGCAAAUGUGUCAACAAGCAACUUAUAUAUUUAUAUAUGUAACUUUAUUCAUUUAUUUAGACUUUUUUUUUUUUUGGUGAACGAGUGUCAGUCAUGUUGAUCGUGACCGAAACUUGUAAUAAUGUAAGCUAUUUAUCUUUUUACAACUUUUAAUUUUUAUAUAAAUUGUUAAGUUUUAAUAUGAGAGAAGUAGAAGCGAAUAAAAGCCAACCCGGUUUUAUUUAAAAA